AUGGACUCAGACAUCAAACCCGAGACAGAAAACUCCCACAUCGAAGAUAGCGACGGCAAAGAACCACAAGUCCUAGACCCGAGGGAUGAACGACGUGUUAUUCGAAAAUGUGAUUCCCAUGUGGUCCCCGUCUUGAUGGUCCUCUAUCUAUUGGCAUUCCUCGAUCGAAUCAACAUCGGCAAUGCUCGCUUGCAGGGGUUAGAGGGAGACUUGAACAUGGACGGAAGUGACUACAACAUUGCCUUGUUUAUCUUUUUCAUUCCGUAUAUAUUGUUCGAAGUACCGUGCAAUAUGAUCAUGAAGAGGAUAGCUCCGUCUACGUGGAUCAGUUCGAUUAUGGUGUUGUGGGGCAUUGUGACUGUCUGCCAGGGAUUUGUCCAGAAUCGGGGAGGACUCAUCGCAUGCCGCUUCUUGAUUGGAGUGUUUGAGGCUGGAUUUCUACCUGGCUGCGUGUAUUUGAUAUCCAUGUAUUACAAACGAUAUGAACUGCAGUGGCGACUCAACCUCUUCUUCAGCGCCAGUAUUCUGUCUGGUGCUGUUAGCGGACUACUCGCCUACGGGCUAUCCUACAUGGAUGGAAUCCGGGGAUACUCAUCCUGGCGAUGGAUUUUCAUUCUCGAGGGUAUUGCAACGGUCGUUAUUGCCGCAAUUGCCAAGUUGUUCAUCGUGGAUUGGCCAGAGACAGCACGCUUCCUGAGUGAAGCAGAUCGUGAAAUCCUUCUUGUACGACUCAAGACUGAUCAACAGCGGUAUCGGAUGGAUCGAUUGAACAAGACUGCUGUGAGACAUAUUCUGGGUGAUGGGAAGAUCUAUCUUGGCACAUUAAUGUACCUGGGCGUGUUGAACACCGGCUACGCCGCAUCUUUCUUCAUGCCAUCCAUCCUCAAAGACAUGGGCUGGACAUCGCUGAUGGCGCAAGUCAUGAGUGUCCCCAUCUACAUCGCGGCAGCCGUGAUGACCCUCCUCAGCGCCCUGCUCAGCGAUUAUCUCAGACACCGAUUCGCAUUCGCCCUAUCUGGCUGUCUAGUCGCCACGAUAGGCUAUGCCAUUCUCCUCGGCCAGCAGUCAGUUCCAACCGGCGCAAAAUACUUCGCCCUAUACGCCAUCACGGGAGGCGGCUACGUCGCGCAGCCCAUUCUAAUCGGCUGGCUCAGCAAUAACCUAAGCGGGCAUUAUAAACAGGCCAUCGCGUCUGCGUUUCAAAUCGGGUUUGGGAAUUAUGGUGGUCUGGUGGCGAGCAAUAUCUUUCUCUCGUCGGAAGCGCCUUUGUAUAGGACUGGGUAUGGGACUAGUCUUGGGCUGAUCUGGGUGUGUGGGUUUUCUUGUAUAGCUUUCUUUUUCAUGAUGCGCAGGGAGAAUCGUCUACGAGAUCAGGGAAAGCGUGAUCAUUUGCUGGUACUGGAUCAGGAGGAAGUGGAUAAUCUGGGAGAUGGGCAUCCGCACUUUCGCUUCAGUUUUUAG